AUGAGCGUUUCAACGGCUUUUCUCUUACUUUUAUGGUCAUCAAUUGCGGGAUCAUUGCCUCUGGCACCCGCAUCUCCCGAUUUCAAAGCCGACUUUUCAAAACUUCUUAAAGAGGCACAUCAAACAGAUUUGAUGCCUGUGGUCGAAGAAGAUGAGCUUCAAAGUUUACGGCAUAACGGGUUUCAGGAACAGUUACAUCAUCUGAGACAAAAAACAGUUGGAAGGAAUUCAGCGACAAUUACAGAGGAAAUGGCUAGAAUUCGAAAUUCCAUUGAGGAUAUUUCUGAAUUUUCAUUGGAUUCAAAUGAAGUUGAUGAGGCAAUUAAUGAUAUAACUGUUCCAUAUGGAACAAAAAUGAAGAAAAGUAGCAAAUUUGCUGAGCUUUCUGAAAUUCAUAAUACCGAUUCAUCGAACAAAGCUCUGCCUCCGUUUGCAUUUUCUGAAGAUCAACAAGAAUCGGUUGAUGUUGUUGAAAAAGUUGAAGCUGUGCCUCCAACAACAACUACGACAAAACUAACUACAUUACCUUCUACAACUCAAUCUACAACCACUAGAACUACAACACAACCAUCAACAAUUGUUUCAACGAGACAAAAAUAUGUAAACGUGGAUGGUGAUAUUUAUGUUCCAGGAAAAACUGUCAUUUCGGUAUCGUCAACUCCGAUAGUAGAUAGAACUGGGACAACUACUCCAGUUUCAAUUGAAAUUUCAACCACUACGUUGCCACCAAUGACAGAAAUUUUUACAACAAAAUACAGCACAUUGUCAACAUCGUACACUCACACUCCGUCACCACAUAUAUUCUCAUCUUCAACUGUUCGUCUACCAAUUGCAAUUCCAAUACCUACAAAAUUACCUGAAAUAAUGUUCACAACUCCAAGACCAUAUCGUGGUCCAUUUAUAACUGAAUUCACAAUUGAACCAAAACGAAGUGAAGGUCGUACAUCGUUGAGAGACCGAAUUCGAUCGACCAGUCAACUUCUAAAUCUUUUGGGUGAUAAAAUUGGAGGAAUUGAUCAGAAAGCAGCAGGAAAUCGUGCAGAACCAAAAACUGGAGUUCUUACGAAUAUCUACGAUCAGGGAGUAAUUAAGAAAAGAAAUUUAAAAACAAAACAAUGGGGAAUUGCUGGUGAAGAUCCCCAAGGAGUUCAAACGUAUGACGGUCAGUUCAGUGGAAUGGCUUAUGGUGCAACAAAGCAACGAGGUGGCGGAUAUUCAAUGAGAAAAAGAAUGGGAAAACGACCAUGGCAAAAAAGAGGAUAUAAAUCUCGAAGACUCGGUGAUAAACGACCAGAAUACAUGAGGCCAUCAACGUUUGUUGAAAAGAGAACCACAGAUGUUUCAGUCCCAUUUGGUAGUCACUGGAGAGAAGAAUGGGUACGAGGAGUAAAAUUGUCUGAAAGAAGAAAUGCAGUUCGAAAUGUUAGUGAAAAUCAGAAGAACGUUGCACAGGCACUUUUAGAAUCAGAAGAAGCUUCGAUGAGGCAACUCAAAAAGACAUUGAGGAAAAUAAGAGAAGUUGUGAAAAUUAAGACAUCUUCUACAACAGCUGAUGUAACAACAACCAAUAAACCCAAAACAGUUAAAAAACAUCGUAUUGAUUCAGAGUACUAUAGCGGUGCAUUCCAACUUAAACGGCUAUAAGAAUCUCAGAAAUUAUUUGUUUUUAAUUUUCAGUUUUUUCUUGUUAAUUAAUUAAUUUAUUUGUAAAUAUAGUUCAAUUUUCCAGAUAUUUCAUUCCCUCUCUCUCUUGUUUCUCUCUGUCUCUCUUCCCUUCCCAUUGAUUCCUUUCUUUUAAUAAAAUGUUUAUUCCCU